AUGCGAUCCUAUUGCUUGGUGUCUCUGCUGUCAUUAUGCGCAUUAUAUAUGCAUUGGAAUAGAUAUGCGGAUGCAUUGCUCUGUGAUUUCGGCAAUCGUCUUAGCGUACCUAGCAGAGAAUCCGUAUUUUGGUGUCACAUGGACAUCGAUCAUGUCGGAUCCGCUAGUGCGAUAUGUCCAAAUCGACUUAACGACAAUGAUUACGUUUGGCAUCCUCGAUCAACAUCAAGUGAAAUCAACAACCUCAAAACAUACGUAAGUGGAAACGGUAGGUUUCGUUCCGUUGCGGUUACCGAUGUGGUGUUAACCGAUACACAUGCUUCAUACAUUUCGGUAAAAGCGGAUGAAUCACAAACAAUAAUAAACUUGGAUUUCCCGAUGGGUGAGAUAUAUGCCACAACAAAACGUUGUUUGAUAUUCAUUUGCGGCCCUGUAGAUUUGGUCUUGAGCGAUACGGUGCAGCGUCACCUUGACCGUCUCAGUGUUGCUGAACCCGAUGCGCUUCCUGGUAACAUUAUCACGCCUUUGACACACGAGAUUAAAACGAUGGGGAAAGGAUUAGGAGUGGUUUUCGUAAACAUACGGCGUCCUCAUCUACCACUUCAAGGCUGUGGCAGCCGCCCCUCACCACUGUUUGCUACGGAUAGUGCAGUAACCGUCGAUCCGCUCACGGGCACGCGGUCCUGCAUAGUAGACCCUAUGUCAAAAUCACGUAUAGGGUUUAUAUGCGAAGGCGUGCUUGUACCUGACGAUUGCCUGAGGCUACUCUUAAACAAGAGUGGGGACACUGUUACCGUUCCUCGACCAUAUUCUUAUUGGAAGUUCGAGUACCAUCAACCUUGGGUGGUAGCACAAUAUUUUAAUAAAUUAGCAUCGCCGACAUUCGGUGGCGAAUGCCAGUGCCUUGAUUCCGAAACAGGUCAAGUGAAAGCCAGAAUAGAGAUACGUCCGAAAACAGAGUACACUUGUGACAUUACCAGCAAGAUAUUCCGUAACCGAAUUCAUCCUUUUAAUGGCCCAUGGUGUACUGUUCUACUCCAUCCUGGGAGCACGUUGACCAUCCGAUUUCCAAUUGCAAAUGCUAAUUCGGCGUCCACAGACGAUGCACCCUUGCCUGGUCCAUGGCGGCAACAAUUGUCUCUAUAUGACUUCGAAACUGAAUUUCUGCCAAAAGAUUUGAAUACACUACGGCAACUGGCGAGCAUCUAUGAUGGCGACAUUUACGAAGAAACUUCGUAUAACAAAGCGCUUGCUGGCGAUGCGCUAGAAUUGGACGUUUCACAAAUGGCACAGGGCGAAGUGAAGCUGAAGUACCAUAUAGGCAAACCCCUCACUUUAGUGGGAGGGCCAAACUCGUUCUUCUUUCAUUGGACAUUGAAGUCGGGAAACGAGUAUGUCUUGGAUCGGAUUCGCGCCAUAGUAAAUGUUUCCUUUGCGUUCACCCAUGACUAUGAGAUUGUUGGUUGCAAUAGAGGGGGGAAAUGCGUGUUCGAUCCCGCAAUGAGCAUGCAUUAUUGUUCAAACAAAUCGUUUGGCAAUGGCAUAGGGAACACAUACGAAUGCAUGUAUGAUGUUAUACGCUACGGUGGCCAUGCCGGUAUUUACUGCAAAGCAGAUGAGGAAUUGCUGCCGAGUAACUGCGAUUCCUUGGGGUACGAUCUGUACUCAAACAACAUAGUUCCAAUGUCAGGGUCGUUGCGUAAAACAACUCCACAUCCAAUUAGAGGAUUUCAGGUGUUCGACAUGGGAUUCCAAAAUAACCCCAUCAGUUAUGCUUGCGUCUGUGUUAACCAACAUGGUUACGAAACCUCUAGGCUCGUUUUAGAGCACAACCAUAACGAAACGUAUCGCUAUACAGUGCGUCACGAACACACGCCUAAUACGUUACGUCCUUCCAUUGCGAUGCCUUGGAGUGAGGUCGGAUUAGGAGUUGAGGGAAUGGAAUUACAGAAAUCGUUUAUAAUAAACAACACAUCUAGGAAAACGGUUAUACUAAACGUGGGUACAAGCGUUGUAUUGCGUUGUGCGAUUGAUCUGAACGUAUGGUUAGGUUAUAGAGCCAAUGUGAACACUAAUUUCCGAGGCAAUGUGCCAAAAACGACAUGGUUUCCUAAGCAAGUUAGAAAGUUCCACUUUACGAUUGAAAACACCGAACAUGGGCCUGAGCUUGUAAAAACGGCACACAACGACUCUAUCAUUACUACACCAAAUGGGUUAAAAUUUUAUUAUGACUUAAGCGUGACAUCCCCUGGAUCUCAAAUGAUGAUGAUUACAUCUCGUAGAAGUGCUAUUUUUAUAUCUAAAGAUCCAAUUCACAAAAAGUAUCUGCCUAUGACAUUUAUUUGUGGUAAAGCACCUGAACCGUCGGAGUUGUCCUUAGUCACAGGUAACGUGCCAACGUCACACGAAUCUGCAAAUCGCAAUGUUAGUGGCAUUGAGUCAUUGGCAUUGUACAGUUGGCACGUCGUUGAGGUAAACCUGGAGACCACUGACCCCUACAUGCAAGGCUGCGGCGUUACCUAUGAGUCCACUGAGUUAUUCAAGCCAGAGACAACCAAAAUCCACGAUGCGGACGGACAGGAAAUGGGUUGCAAGAUAGAUCUUCAAGAUGAUAAGGAAGCGGCGUUCUACUGCCCAGCACCUUACGUCCUGGACCCGCCCAAUUGCUUCAACAAUGUCUCCGUGAACGGUGAAGUGAAGGACCUAGGCGAAUUGAGCGAAUCGAUGUUUACGACGCGUUCCAACCAUUUCAUCAUUCUAAAGUUCGACAGUGAUAAUAUAGGACCCGGGGAGACCCUGCGCCAGUCGCCGCCACUUGAAUGCCGAUGCAUCACUAUCAAGGGUGUCGUCCUGUCUACCAUCCAGAUCGAGAACUACUACUCCAAGGAAUGGGUAGCUCAGAUGUAG